AGCCGCCGCCUGUCCGUCCGCCCGCCCGUCCGUCCGUCCGCCCGCCCGUCGUCGCGUGCCCGCCUGGUCCAUGGCGCGGCCCCGCCGCCGCCGCUGCUGCCGCUGAUCCCGGGGCCGGCCGCCCGCGGCUUCCGUCCCCUCCACGCCCCCGCGGGGCUCGGCGAGCUCGCGAUGGGGAACACCACGUCGUGCUGCGUGUCGUCCAGCCCCAAGCUCCGCAGGAAUGCCCACGCGCGCCUCGAGUCCUACCGGCCCGACGCCGACCUGAGCCGCGAGGACACGGGCUGCAACCUGCAGCACAUCAGCGACCGCGAGAACAUCGACGAUUUGAACAUGGAAUUCAAUCCUUCAGAUCAUCCUCGGGCGAGCACAAUAUUCCUUAGUAAAUCUCAGACGGACGUGAGAGAAAAACGCAAGAGCCUCUUCAUCAAUCAUCACCCUCCAGGACAGAUAUCAAGGAAAUACAGCUCCUGCUCCACUAUUUUCUUAGAUGACAGCACAGUCAGUCAACCAAACCUCAAGUAUACGAUUAAAUGUGUAGCUCUUGCAAUAUAUUAUCACAUCAAAAACAGGGACCCAGAUGGAAGGAUGCUCUUAGAUAUUUUUGAUGAAAACCUUCACCCUCUUUCGAAAUCCGAAGUGCCACCAGAUUAUGACAAGCAUAAUCCAGAGCAGAAGCAGAUUUAUCGGUUUGUUCGGACGCUGUUCAGUGCUGCUCAGCUGACGGCUGAAUGUGCCAUUGUCACCCUGGUUUACCUUGAAAGACUCCUAACAUAUUGCGAGAUUGACAUCUGUCCGGCCAACUGGAAACGGAUUGUUCUAGGGGCAAUCUUGCUGGCCUCCAAGGUGUGGGACGACCAGGCUGUGUGGAAUGUGGAUUAUUGCCAGAUCCUGAAAGACAUCACAGUGGAAGACAUGAAUGAGCUAGAGCGACAGUUUCUUGAAUUGCUCCAGUUCAACAUCAAUGUUCCUUCCAGUGUUUAUGCCAAGUAUUACUUUGAUCUUCGUUCUCUGGCAGAAGCAAACAACCUGAGCUUUCCCUUGGAGCCCCUGAGUAGGGACAGGGCACACAAGUUGGAGGCCAUCUCUCGUCUCUGUGAGGACAAGUACAAGGACCUGAGGAGGCACAUCCGGAAGCGGUCAGCAAGUGCUGACAAUCUGAUUCUGCCCAGGUGGUCCCCGGCCAUCAUCUCCUAACCACAGGCGUCUCCAGCGGAGGCCUGACCUUCCC